CGCAGCCAUGCAGGGCACUGCCGAUGCGCCAAUCCUCUAUUCUUUCCUCCAGACGGUCGAUGGCCUCCGUAACCACCCCUCCCGCCGCCAACAUCACAAGAUCGGUCUCGGAACCAUGGCAACCCAUCGCCAACGUUCCUGUUACCGUCUAUUCCUUCCCCGAACUCGAGCCGCGCUCCCUCGAAUCCUACUCAGCCCGUCACCUCCACCUCCCGCUGCGUCGCGAUAUCCUCCAUUUGGCCGUCAUCUACGAGGGUGACUCGACACGACGGGGUAUGGCGUCCACCAAGACACGCUACGAAGUUCAUGGUUCGCACAGAAAGAUGAGUCCCCAGAAGGGUACUGGUAACGCCCGCCGUGGUACCCGCCAGUCACCUCUGAUGAAGGGUGGUGGAAAGACCUUCGGCCCCAAGCCCCGCGACUUCAGCACGAAGCUUAACAAGAAGGUCUACGAUCUGGCCUGGCGCACCGCGCUGUCCUACCGCUACAAGCGCGGCGAGCUCAUCGUCACCGAGGACGGCCUCGACCUCCCCCUCCCCAACGACUUCCUCUGGCUUGCCGGCGGCGGUAAGCUCAGCCGCGAGCUUGAGGACGGCUACGUACGCAAGUGGGUUCACGAGUUCAUGACCAGCUUGAACUGGGGCAAGGAGGCUGGCCGGACGACCUUCAUCACGGGCGACAAGCGCCCCAACCUCUACACCGGAUUCGAGUUGGCCGGCGCCGAGGGCCGCGCUUUGGAGUUAUGGGAUGUCGAUGUCAAGGACCUCUUGGAGACGGGCAGGAUAGUGAUUGAGCGUAGCGCGCUCAAGGAGAUGAUUAAGGACCACCAGAGUGACCUUGUCACCCGUGUCGCAGUCCAGGGGCUCCGCCAAAAGGGACCCAAGCUUGGUGAGGUGCUCGUCAGGGCGCCGAGAAACUAGACAGAGAAGAAAAAGCGAAUGCGUGUGUGCAACCACCGGCAACACUCUUGUACCAUAUGAAUCGCGCGAGGAGGGCGGACUGAAGAAGACGGUUCGGCCAGCACGAUCAGUGUAAUAUCCAUGUUCCCUUGUAUGAUGUACCUAUGUUAUUUGAAAGCAAUUGGCGUGCCUUUCUCUCUGGAUUUGCUGAUAGAUGGCCCCAGUUGUCACUGCAACUAUCAAGGGCGUUGUGAUCCGUUGACAUUUAGGCGUCAAAAGAAUUGAGAAUGUGCAAUAGCAACGGGGUCGAGUAAUGGUCUGUGACUGUGACAGUUAAUGCGCAACUGCCUGAUUGCUUGCAGUGAAGUGGCAGUGUUCCAUUCACCAAGCAAUGCCUGGGCAAUGGGCAGUCAUCGCCAGCGUGACGUGACGCCUUCACCAACACAAAGGAGAGACG